CACCAUAUUUAGUUUACGACACGCACGCGAGUGCCUCUUUUUAACGAACGAGUAAAAGUUCCGAUUAAAAUUUUCAGUUUCAUGGAGCUCCUGAACGAAUUUUCGACCUCAAUUACGACGGUGAAGGAAUCUACUGAAAGGCCUGGUGGUACUGUACGAGAGGCAUCGAUUUUACCAAAUGGUACUGAUAUUGACAGCGAACUUUCAAGAUCAGACAUGUCUUCGAAGCAACAGGAGCAAACCGACAAUGAGGUAUCUAGUCAAGAACGACCGUAUAAAUGCGACAAUUGUAGAAAAGAAUUUCUUCAGAAACAUCACCUGCAGCAACACGUUUUAACCCACACUGGCGAGCGGCCGUGCAAAUGUGAUAUAUGUGGUAAAUCAUUUACCCGGAAAUGUGAUUUGAUCAGGCACAAAUUAAUUCACAGCAAUGAACAGCCGCACAAGUGCGAGUUAUGUGGCAAAGAAUUUCAUAUUUUGCAUCACCUGAAGAAACAUUUUUCAACUCACACUGACGACUGGCCGUAUAAUUGUGGUGUAUGUGGCAAAUCAUUUAUUAAGAAGCGGUACUGGCUUAGGCACAGACUUGUUCACGAUAAUGAAUGGCCGCAUAUUUGUGAGAUAUGUGACAAAAAGUUUCUUGAGCAGCAUAGCCUGAAGCAACAUGUAUUAAGCCACACUGGCGAGCGGCCGUACAGAUGUGAUAUAUGUGGCAAAUCGUUUGCUCAGAUAGGUACCGUGAACAGGCACAAACUCAUUCACAGUAAUGUUUUAAGCCAGACUGGUGAGCGGCCAUAUAAAUGUGCUAUAUGUGGCAAAUCAUUUAAUGAGAAGGGUGAUUUGGUCAGACACACACUCAUUCACAGUAAUGAACGGCGGUAUAGAUGCGAGAUAUGUAACAAAAAAUUCCUUCUGCAGCAUAGCUUGAAGAGACAUGUGUUAAUCCACAGUGGUGAGCGGUCGCACAAAUGUGAUAUAUGUGGUAAAUUAUUUACCCUGAAAGGUAACUUGAUGAGGCACAGACUCAUUCACAGUAAUAUUUCAAAACACAAUUAGGCAAAUUUUCAUCAAAAUUAUACCUCCACAUCAAAUCGAAUUUAUAGAUCCUAUUUCUGCUGUCAAACCUUGAAUACAAUUAUUGUCAGAACAAUAUUAUUAAGUAUGCAACGAAAGAAACUAAAAUUGUGAGUGAAUACGAUAGGGCCAAUGAAGGCAAUUGGGUCGAGGAUUCGAACGUUUAUAACAAAGAAUCUUUUUCCACUAGCAUAACAGCAUCGCCACGACGCUGAGACUUAGCUUAUGCCACAUGGUACAUCUAAUGGAAGUUCAUUUUCAUAUUUAAUCAGAAUAUCGUCUCCGAUAAGGAAUGCAACCGAAAUAAAGGUUUUAUACUGAGUUUCGUUGCGGAAUCUUCUCACAGAAAAGUUGUAAAAACUGAGCAAGCCGAACUUUCCAACGUUGCUAGAUCUAAGCAUUUAAAGCAACAUGAAUUAACCUGCCACGGUGCAUAAAAACAUACAUAAUUUAAAAACCCAACAAUAUUAUCCACUAAAAGACGGCUGUAAUUACACAAAACGGAGGAUGUGGAAAAAGUAUAGUAUAAGACGAACGACUGCGUAGAUUGAAUGAGAUGACAAGAAAGCCGAAUAUUAAGUGUAUUGAAUUAAGCAGCAAAUCUGAGGAAAGAAUAAAACGUUUGAAAAAGGAACUGAAUUAUUGAAA